ACCAAAGAGCUGUCUCAACCCCAAACCGUUUCAGAUGGAGGUGGAUGCAGACGAUAAGCGCCAUCGCACACGCUCCAAAGUGCCUGUGGAUCCGGCAUUAACAGAACUUUUCAGUGUUUACGGCUGCCCUCUGGCCAAGAAGAGAAAGAGUCUAGACAGACAAACCCUGGAAACCUCCCCCAAGAGGAGCACCUACUUAGAUGACAUGGACAACUCCACCAUGGAGGAGUGCUACGAGACAGACGGAACUGAGGAGAUGGACGACAGGGAGGAAGAGGAGGAGGAAGGAGCUGUAGAGGAGGAAGAGGGAGAAGUGGAGGAGGAAGAAGAAGAGCGAGGGGACAGAGAGGGUGAGGAAGAGGAGGAGGAGGAGGAGGAGGAGGAAGAAGAGGAGGUAGAGGUGGAGCAAGAAGAGGAGGAGGAGGGCGAUGAGGAGAGGGUGGAGGAGUUAGAGGAAGAGGAGGAAGCGCAACGGACAUGUCACAGUGGCGGCGGCAAUGCCAAAUCUGGCCCGGCGACGGAGAAGGACGACAACAACAAUGACGAGUACGAGAACUAUGAUGAACUCGUGGCCAAGUCCCUCCUCAACCUGGGCAAGAUCGCAGAAGACGCUGCCAACCGAGCCAUGACGGAAUCCGAGAUGAACAGCAACUCCUCCAACAGCGAGGAGGAAGAAGAAGAGGGUGAAGGGGAUGAAGCACAGAGAGGUGACCUAAGUUUAGACGUUGACAGCGAUGUGGUUCGGGAGACGGUGGACUCCCUCAAGCUGCUGGCACAAGGUCACGGUGCAGUGUUAUCUGACAAUUUAGAUGGACAGGAGUUUGAGGAUGGUACAGCCGAGAACGGGGAUGAGAAUGACUGUACUCACAAUGGGGGGAAUGCACAUAAUGGUGGUAAUGGACAAGUUAAGACCACCAGUAACGGACAGAUAGAAAACAGCGAUGAGGAAGUGUGUUUAAGCAGUCUGGAGUGCCUACGGAACCAAUGCUUCGACCUGGCUCGGAAACUAAGCGAAACAAAGUCCGCUGACCGAAUUGGACCAUCCCAGCAAAAUCAUUUUUUAUGCGGGGAUCCCAAUCAGCAGUCCCAGCAUCACAGCUAUGGGGAUUUCCACCACAGCCAAGACAACAGGCGGACGCUUGAUAGGAACUAUUCCGACAUGGACAAUCUCAUGAAGCUCGAGGAGCAGCUGAGCCCACGCUCCAAGGCCUUCUCCAGUUGCGCACAGGACGACCGAUAUCACACUAACCACCGGGACUUUGAUGAGGACACAGCCUCUGUGACGUCGGACCGGUCAGAAGAGGUAUUUGACAUGACUAAAGGAAACCUGUCCCUGCUGGAGAAGGCCAUUGCACUAGAGUCAGAACGUGCCAAGGCAAUGCGGGAUAAAAUGGCGGCCGAGGCUGCCAGGAGAGACGGAGUGAGGUUUAACCAUGAAGACCAUGGCCCGCGGCACGGCUACGGUGUUGAGCGUAAAGCCCGGCUUCCUGAUGGUAUGAAGAAGCCUUUCUACCAUAAAGAUGCUUCACGUGCAGACAAGAAGGAGAGUCGGUGUCCGACGCCAGGCUGUGAUGGCACGGGUCAUGUGACGGGCCUGUACCCCCACCAUCGGAGCCUGUCCGGCUGUCCGCACAAAGACAGGGUGCCACCAGAAAUUGUGGCUAUGUAUGAGAAUGUUCUUAAGUGUCCUACGCCUGGCUGCACGGGACGCGGCCAUGUCAAUAGCAACAGAAACUCCCACAGAAGUCUGUCAGGGUGUCCCAUCGCUGCAGCCGAGAAGCUGUCCAAAGCCCAGGAGAAGCACCAGGGCUGCGACGGCUCCAAGUCCAGCCAGGCCUCUGACAGAGUUUUAAGGCCUAUGUGCUUUGUCAAACAACUGGACUAUCCACAGUAUGGUUACAAGAACAAUGUUUCCACCAGCACGCCCCGCUCCAACCUGGCCAAGGAGCUGGAGAAGUACUCCAAGACCAGCUUCGACUACAGCGCCUUUGACGGCAGUAACAACCACCAAGUGUACGGGAAACGGGCCAUCGCACCCAAAGUUCACGGACAAAGAGACGCCUCCCCCAAAGGAUAUGACGCCAAACGUUACUGCAAGAACUCCAGCUCGGCCAGCAGCACCACCAGCACCUACGCUCCCAGCAGUAGCAGCAGCAGCCUGAGCUGCGGCGGGGGCAGCAGCGCAAGCAGUACCUGCAGCAAGAGCAGCUUUGACUACAGUCACGACAUGGAGGCCGCCCACAUGGCGGCGACUGCCAUCCUCAACCUGUCCACGCGUUGCCGGGAGAUGCCCCACGGCAUGGGGGGAAAGGCCCAGGACCUGUGUUCCCAGAGUCCCGGUCUAGAUGUUGAUGAGAACGGUACGUUGGACCUGAGUAUGAGCAAGCGUCUGUGCAGCGGCGGCGGCGGAGGGGACUCGGUGCUCACCCCUCUAGAGCCCAUGUCCCCCCAGAGGCAAGCCGCCCUGCUGGGCUCUCGCUGCUACGGUAUGGGGGACGCUGCUGACUGCUGGGACCUGCCUGUAGACUACACCAAGAUCAAACACAUAGACGAGGACGAGAAAGAGGAUGACCUGGAUCCCUUCCAUGACCUACUGGAGGACCGCUCCUACACCACAGAUGUUAACAUGCCCAGCCCCAAGCCCAAGUACGUCCAGUGCAAAGAGAGUAAGAAGGACCUGAUAACUCUCUCAGGUUGUCCUUUAGCUGAUAAAAGCAUUCGAAGUAUGCUGGCCAACAACGCGCAAGAGCUCAAGUGCCCGACACCAGGGUGCGAUGGUUCGGGACAUAUCACUGGCAACUACGCCUCACAUAGAAGUCUCUCAGGGUGUCCGAGGGCCAGGAAAAGUGGGAUAAAGAUCAUCCACAGUAAAGAGAACAAGGAGGACCAGGAGCCUAUCAGGUGCCCGGUCCCAGGUUGUGAUGGUCAGGGACACGUGACAGGGAAGUAUGCAUCCCACAGAAGUGCAUCAGGAUGCCCCAUAGCAGCAAAGAGACAAAAGGACGGCUACCUAAAUGGCAUCCAGUUCACAUGGAAAUCUGGCAAGACGGAGGGCAUGUCCUGCCCCACACCAGGCUGUGACGGCUCGGGUCACGUCAGUGGCAGCUUCCUGACACAUAGAAGUCUGUCGGGUUGUCCGCGUGCCACCUCCGCCAUGAGGAAAGCCAGGCUCUCCGGAGUGGAAAUGCUAACAAUAAAGCAGCAACGUGCCAACAACGGACUGGAGCAUGAAGAUGAUAUCAAACAGCUGGAUGAAGAAAUCAAAGAUUUAAGUGAAUCAAAUUCAACAGUGGAAGCAGACAUGAUCAAACUUAGAACACAGAUUACAACAAUGGAGUCCAACCUGAAGUCCAUAGAGGAGGAAAACAAGGUGAUUGAACAGCAAAAUGAAUCUCUCCUGCAUGAGCUGGCCAACCUCAGCCAGUCACUGAUUAACAGUUUAGCUAAUGUCCAGCUCCCUCAUAUGAAACCACUGGCACACAAAGAGCCUCCUCUAAGAAACAACAGCUGCUUACAGUUGCACCAGCAAGAGUCAAUAAGUGAUCAGAACUUUGACGCCUAUGUGACCACUCUAACGGAUAUGUACACGAAUCAAGACCAGUACCAGAGCCCAGAAAACAAAGCCCUGUUGGAAAAUAUCAAGCAAGCUGUUCAAGGGAUCCAGGUGUAACCACUGAGAAAGGGAGAUUUUUGUUCCUCCAGCAGGUGCGGGUGGCGUGUCAAAUCUACAUACAAACAGGCGGGGAUGGUUUGAUCUCUUCGGUUUGGUGCAGUAACUUAUAAAGUGUUAUAUAUUCUAAAUUCUGUUCUCUCAAAAAAAGAGGUAUUAUGCUUAGAAAGACCUCUAGACAAUUUCUUUCUUUCUUUUUCUUUUUGGGCCUUGAUUUGAGGAAGAAGAUAAAAGAGUAAACGGCAAAAUAGUUUUUGAGGACAUUCACAUUUUGUACGUUUUCAUAUGAGCUGACAUAGUGUCAUGUAAUGUUUCUAGCUGCUCAUGUAUGCACAUUUUUAGUGUAUAUUUCUGAACAGUAAGCUAAUGAUAAUGGGACGCGAGUUCUUUUUAUUGCUUGACAAACAAAGGAUUUUAGAUGAAAAAACUGGACAGUGAAAUAAAAAUGAAAAAACUGCAAGCAAGGAGGAAGCUAUUUGUUUUUCUCCUCACUGGAUGAUUUUGGACUUGAUGAUUUUAGAUGUUUUUUCUUCUUCUUCUUCUUCUUGAGUGUAGAUUGUUCAAGAGCAAGAACUGGUUUGCGAAUCGCUUUAUUUUCUGACAAUGCUUGAGAACUGUUUGUGUUUUGUUUUAAUGAAAAAAAAAGAUGUGUAGCUGUAGGUGGGGGCAUUUUUAAUUGGUGCU